GGCGUCAGAGGUUUGAGUCACCCCCGGGGCAGAAUCGAAAGUGAUCGCGCGGCGGGCGCGGCCGAAUGGGGGACUUCUCUUCCAGGGUGAACGGCCCCAGAGGACCCGCUGCACCUGUGAGCCUCAAAUGCCGCCCCGCAGAGUCAGGCCAGCAUCGGAGAUGGCGUCCCCCAGGUCUGGCCCAUCGCCCAGCGGCGCCACAGCCACCCAGGAGCCAAUUCUGGCCAAGCUGUGCGCCCGGCUGGAUCUGUGUCUGGGCUGCUCCCGCUGCGCACAGUGCCUCAACGAGAGCACCUACCUCCUGCGUGCUGUGGAGCACAACUGCACCCAUGAGAUCCUGCUGGCUCGCUUCAAGCAAGCCGCCAAGAGCAGGGUCUGGCGCAAGGUGGACCCACGGCCCAGCUUCCCACAGCCCCUUCGCUACCAGGUCUGCCGCUACUACCGCCCUGGUCAGGGCUGCCGCCGGCACCACAACCGGUGCACCUUUGCCCGCAGCCCCGAGGAGGCGCUGGUCUGGACCUUUGAGCGCGAACACAACGUCCGCCGCCCGCGGCUGAAGGCUGCGGUGCAGGGUGGCAGGGCCCAGGGCGGGCUGCAUGGCCCUGCAGGUGCCAUCCUCACAGAGUUUGGUGGCCACUUCCAGCUGCUCUGCUCCCACUGCUUCCGGCACUGCCCUCCCCGCCUCUGCCCUGUGGACCCCCAGGGCCGGUGCCCCAAGCACGGAGCCUGCCCCUCGCUCCUGACCCAUGUGAGCUCCGAGGGCCGUCGCAAGCAGCAGGUCACAGAGGUGCGGCCACGGCCCCCAUACGGCCGGAGGCUGGCCUAUUGCAUGUUCGUGGGGCGCGGGCGGCCAUGCCGGCACGGGGUAUCCCGCUGCCAGUAUGCACACAGUGCCGUGGAGAUGGCAGUGUGGGAGGCUGAGCAGCUGGGUGGGUUCCAGCGGGGGGAUCUGCUCACACCCCCAGCCCCUAGGGGAGACAGGCACACAGCCCGCCACGGCCAGCCCCCCAGAGUCCAGCUGUACUGCCAUGCCUGCCUGGUCACCUGCCACUCCCAGGAGGCCUUUGAGAACCACUGCUCAUCUGUGGAGCACGCACAGAUGGUGGUCUUGGACCAGGCUGUGUCCUGGGAGCACAGAAGCCCGCCCACAGGGCUCUCCACCUUCGAGCUCUGCCCCAGGCCCGACCUCUGUGAAUAUGGGGAUGUCUGCACCAAGGCACACUCAGAGCAGGAGUUGCAGGAGUGGACACGGCGCGUGCAGACUGUGGAGCUGCGGGAGCAGGAGGCCUGGCGGGAGGGGCUGGUGCCCUACAAGGCGCGGCUGCUGGACGAGUACCAGCGCAGCAGCACCGAAGUCCUGGUGCUGGCUGAGAAUGUCGAUGGCGUCUCCGCCACCUGCAGCCAGCCCCUGAUGCAUCGGGCCCAGGAGAAGAACACUGAGCACAGCUGGACGUUUGUUAUCCACUCUGAGGAGCCCCUGCAACAUGUGGCCCUGCUCAAGCAGGAGCCGGGAGCAGCCUUCUCACUGGUGGUCCCCCGCCUCCCUCCGGGCCAGCUGUACGCGCAGGGGGAACGCUUCUGCGUGCCCGACCACCCCACCGAGUUCCGGGUGGGGGUGUGUGUGCAGAGCGCCUCCUUUGGCACCUUCGAGCAGUGGGUGGUCUUCGACUUUGGCCGCCGGCCGGUGCUGCUGCGGAAGCUGGAGUUGCAGCUGGGCCAGGUGCACUGCCCCGGGCUCUCUGGGACAGCAGCGCCCGGCCACCGUGAGGAGCUGGAGCGUUGGCACACUGGCAACCGCCAUGUGGUGCCUGGCGUGGAGCGCACGGCGGAGCAGGCAGCCCUGAUGGCCAAGUACAAGGUGCCAGCCCUGGCCCUUGAGUUCCAGCGCAGCGGCCUGGCCCCGGGUCCCCUGUCCCACACCAACUACCGGCAGAGGAUGCACCAGUUCCUCUACGAGGAAGAGGCCGCCCAGCAAGAGCUGGUGGCCAAGCUGAACCUCCGGGGCCCUGUGUCCCUGAAGACGGCCCUGCAGACGCCAGCCCUUGGCAUGCUCUUCCCGCCGCCAGGAGCCCUGUAUGCCGAGGUCCCCAUCCCUUCCUCCCUGAUGCCUGACACAGACCAGGGCUUCCUGCUGAGCCGGGCGGUCAGCACGGCCCUCGUGGCCCCCGUGCCCGCCCCUGACCACACGGUGUUCGAGGUGCAGCUAGAGACCCGGGCCAGCUCCGAGCAGGCACGGUGGCUGUUGCUGCCCGCGCACUGCUGUACGGCCCUGGGGCUGCAGCCUGAGGCCAGCCCUGUGCUGGAGGUGCAGUUCCAGAUUGACCCGCUGACAUUCCGCCUCUGGCACCAGGCAGUGGAUGCGCUGCCCAGUGAGCGACUGGUGGUGCCCGACCUGUCCACCUGUGCCCUACCCCGCCCCCGGCCCAGCCCGCCAGCGCUGCACGGCAACCGCAAGCAGAAGCUGGCCGUGGAGUUCAUCGCGGGCAGCAGCCCUGGAGGCAGGCAGCCCAUAGCCCCACUGCUCAUCUAUGGCCCCUUCGGCACAGGCAAGACCUACACCUUGGCCAUGGCCUCCCUGCAGGUCAUCCGACAGCCCCACACCAAGGUGCUCAUCUGCACACACACCAACAGCGCGGCCGACAUCUACAUCCAGGAGCACUUCCACAGCUACGUGAGCAGCGGCCACCCAGAGGCCAGGCCGCUGCGGGUGAUGUACACCGACCGCCCGCCGAGCCAGACAGACGCAGCCACGCUGCGCUACUGCUGCCUGACGGAGGACCUCCGGGCCUUCCGCCCGCCCACGCGCGCGGAGCUGGAGCAGCACCGCAUUGUGGUAACCACCACGUCGCAGGCCCGUGAGCUUGGGGUGCCCGCCGGCUUCUUCUCACACAUUCUCAUCGAUGAGGCCGCCCAGAUGCUGGAGUGCGAGGCCCUCACCCCGCUGCGCUAUGCCCCGCUGGGCACUCGGGUGGUGCUGGCCGGCGACCACAUGCAGGUCACACCCCGGCUGUUCAGCGUGGCCCCGGGCCGGGCGGCCGGGCACACACUGCUGCACCGCCUGUUCCAGCACUACCAGCAGCAGGCGCACAAGGUGGCCCAGUGCAGCCGCAUCAUCUUCCAUGAGAACUACCGCUCCACUGAGAUCAUUGUCGCCUUCGUGUCACGCCACUUCUAUGUGGCCAGGGGCACCCCCAUCCACGCCAGUGGCAAGGUCCCGCGACACCCCCGGCGCUACCCGCUCAUGUUCUGUCACGUGGCCGGCAGCCCCGAGCGAGACAUGUCGAUGACAUCAUGGCUCAAUGCGGCCGAGGUCGUCCAGGUCGUCGAGCAGGUGCAGGAGGUCUACAACACCUGGCCCCACUGCUGGGGCGGCCGGGAGCAGAGGCACAUCUGCGUAGUGUCCCACGGUGCCCAGGUGAGCGCGCUGAGGCAGGAGCUGAGGAGGAGAAACCUGGGCCAGGUGUCUGUGGGCAGCUUUGAGAUCCUGCCAGGGCGGGAGUUCCGGGUGGUGCUGCUCAGCGCAGUGCACAGCUGGCACAGCCUGCGGAGCCCAGGGGCACCCGGCCUGGAGUUCUUCACAGACGCCCGGGUGCUCAACACGGUCAUGACCCGCGCCCAGUCCCAGGUGGUGGCCGUAGGUGACGCCAUGGCCCUCUGCUCCUUUGGGGACUGCAGCAAGCUCUGGAAGAGCUUCAUUCGUGAGUGUGUGGAGCAUCGCAGCGUCUGCCCCGAGAGCCUGUCGCUGGAGCAGAUCGAGCAGGGUGUGGUUCAGAGGCAGCGCUGGGCCCGCUGCCUGCAGCCUGCGGCCCCACCAGCAGAGAGAGCUGUGGCAGUGGUGGCCGGGGACAUUGGCCCAGAGGAGGGGAAGGCAGGGGACGCAGCCACAGAGCACGCAGCGGUGGCGCAGGCGGAGCCAGAGGCCGUGGCCGAGGCCGAGGGGGGUGCAGACCCGCCCCGGGCCUCGGAGGCAGGAGACGAGGCCACACAGAAAGCAGAGGUCAUGGGGUACCCAGCAGUCGGGGACGUGGCAUCAGCAGGGAACUCGGCGGCCACAGAGAGCGAGGACCCCGGGGACCCCGAGGACGCUGCGUCUGACUUCUGGCCCUCUGACUGGGAGCUGAACACCGACGACCCCGUCCUGCAGGAGCUCCUGGACGAGAGCCAGAACGUGACCGUGACCGUCCGGGAAGACGGGCUGCUGGACACCGUGGCCAGGCCUGCAUCCCCACAGCAGGCCCGGCAGUACGUGUCCCUGCCGCGGGCCACACUGCGCCACCUGCUGCGCCUGGAGCCAGAGAGGCACCACCGGUGCACCUUCAUGCAGGAGACCUUUGAGCGGGCGACGGCCAUCCCGCUGGACGACGCGGGCCCCGGCCCCAUCCUGGUCAGGGGCCGCUUGCACUGCGGAAUGGCCUUCACCGGGGACGAGGUGCUGGUCAAGGUCCUCGGCGGUGACAGGGGUCCUGCCGGGCGGCCGCAAGGCUGUGUGCUGGGUGUGCUGAAGCGGAGGCGCCAAGAGCUGGCGUUCGUGUGCCGCAUGGACGAGUGGGACCCACGUAUCAUGACCCCCAUCGAUGGCUCCGUGACCAAGAUCUUCGUGGCUGACCUGAAGGACCCGCAGCGGGUGCCCGUGCACUGUCUCCAUAGGGGCCGCCUUCAGCGGGUGACAGAGGAGCGGCUCCCUGCCCAGGCCUGGCGCCGCCGGCUAUUUUGGGUGCGCGUCGUCCUGUGGCGGGAGCGCUUCUACUACCCGUUGGGCAUUGUGCUAGAGGUGCUGCCUGAGGCCACCACCUGGGAGCAGGGCCUACGCAUCCUGGACCUCGAAUACGAACUGCGGGAACCCUCGCCGGACCCGGCCGUGGUCUCCAAGGUACUGCAGAAGUACCGCGCCGAACUGGGCCGUGCGCCCAGCUGCCGGGAGGACUGCCGUGGCUUCCUAACCUUCACUGUGGACCCCCGGGGUGCCUGCAAUCUGGACGACGCCCUCGGCGUCCGGGACCUGGGUCCCAGGUACGAGGUGGCCGUGCACAUUGCCGAUGUGGCCAGCCUCGUGCCGAGGGACGGGCCCCUGGAUGUGGAGGCCCGCAGGCAGGGCACCGCAUUCUAUGCCCCCGACCGGGAGCCGACGCCCAUGCUGCCAGCCGGCCUCUGCCAGGACAUACUCAGCCUCCUGCCCGGCCAGGACCGCCUGGCCAUCUCCCUCUUCCUCACCUUCGAGAAGGGCAGUGACCAGCUCAAGAGCCUGCGCUUUGCGCCCUCCGUGAUCCACUCCAACCGCCAGCUGUCCUAUGAGGAGGCUGAGCAAGUGAUCAGGGAGCAUCCGGGGGCCGGCCUAGAGCUGCCGAAACACCUGGACUCUGUGGACGCCUGCGUGGUGGCCGCAUGCCACUUUGCCCACGUGCUGCGCCAGCGUCGCCUGCAGUCCGCCUGCUACUAUGAGCAGCCGGAUGAGGACAGCGAGCUGGGCUUCCGUGCAGCCCACGCCAUGGUCAAAGAGUACAUGAUCCAGUUCAACAGGCUGGUGGCCGAGUUCCUGGUGGGCAGCGAGCGCACCCAGACGGUCACGCCACUGCGGAGGCAGCCCACCCCCAGCAGUCGCCAGCUCGAAGCCCUGAGUGAGAAGCACGGGCAACUGGUGCCCCUGUCACUGCACCUGCGCCAGCACCUGAAUGGCUGCAGCCCCCCCGCCCUGCAGCUUCACCUACUGGCCACUCUCUGGAGGCACGUCCAGCUUGCAGCCCACGCAGAGGAUGCCGGCCGGCUAGUGGACCUCAUCACCACGGACGACAUGCACCCCUCACUGGCUCCCGUGGGCCUGGACUUCCGCAAAGCCCUGGGCCGCUCCACCUUCGGCCGCUCCAGCCAGGGCGAUCAGCAGCCAGCCAACCACUACUCACUACAGGUGGACUGGUACACCUGGGCCACCUCGCCCCUCCGCAGGUACAUGGACCUGGUGGUGCAGCGGCAAGUCCUGCUGGCGCUGGGCCAGGGGGGCUCCUCCUAUUCUGCCAGGGACAUUGACGGGCUAUGCCACGACUUCAGCCGCCAGCACUUGCGCGCCCAGAGCUACCAACGCCAGGCCCGCAGCCUGCACCUGGCCGCGCGGCUCAAGGCCCAGCCACGUAACAAACUGGGCUUCACAGUGGACGUGGAGGAGGGCGCCCGCUGCUUCAAGCUGUUGUUCCCGGCCAACCGUGAGACCCUGCCCGACCUCUGCCCGGUGUUCUAUCGCUUCCUGCAGCUGGCUGAGCACCCCCACAGCCUGGCAAGCCGACCCGGCCUGCAGCUGGUGUGGCGGCGCCGCAUUUACUCAGUGCAACUGAACGGGCCAUGCCCCCCACUGCCGGGUGCCCUGCUUGACCCGCACACACGGCCCGUGGACGCUGCCCUAUGGCAGCAGCUGCUGGAGCUGGUGGAGGAGCAGCGGUGGCCGGAGGCGGCUGCCCUGGUGCGGGGGUGGGGCACUGUGGAGCCGCCGGGGCGGCAGGUGGGGCGGGUGGUGCGCAGCCGCUGUGGCCACUUCAUGGAGGUGACCCGGGAGCUGGGCAGUGGGGACGUGCUGCAGGUGCAGCUCAGUGCCACCCUGCAGCGGGGCAUCCUCACACCCACCCUGCAGCUAUGGACUGUGGUGCCUGGUGUCAGCCUGUGCCUGGAGCACGUGGAGCGGCCAGGCGACUGCUUCUCAGGCCACACGCCCCAGGCGGGGCAGGACCGCUGUGGCAGCGUGGAAGAGUACUCCCGCGUGUGGGCACCGUUCUGCUCCCUGGAGGCGGCCACCAACACGGUGGCCGAGAACGACUCCAUCACGCUGCAGCACGUGACGGUGACCUGGGAUGCAGAGCGCACGGCCCCUGGGCAGCUACAGGGCACCUUCCGCCUGGAGGCUGCCUUCCUCCGCGAACACUGCAUUGACAUCAGCUGGGCACACUGCUACCUCUGCAUCCGGCUCGAGGGGCUGCCGGCCCCCCCCGCCACCGCACCCCACAGGCCCAGCAGCCUCGGGCCUGUCCUUAGCAUCGACCCCGACACGUACACCUGGGUGGCCCACGGGCUGACCGAGGACUGGGACUCAAAUCCAAAGGAGGGCCGGCAAGAGGCCCCCAAGCAAGUGCAUUUCUUCAUUCAACACAUGCCCAUGGAGAAGGUUCCGGAAGAGGUGCUGAGGCCUGGCGCCCAAUUCACCAUUGAAGUGCUGCCCAUGCAGCUUCCUGACCUCCGCAAGGAAGAAGCCGUGCGUGAGCUGGAGAAUUCAUCCCCGCUGGUAAUCAGCAUUGCCCUGGGCCGCGCCCUCCCCCUGCCCCGCCACCCUCCACGCCACCCAGCUGGCCAGCAGCCCCUCUGCAGAGGCACCCCCCACAGGUUCCUGGAGCGACAGAACUUUGACAUCCCCGGAGGCCGCCAUAAGCUGAACCCCAGCCAGACCGGGGCCGUCAGAGAGGCUCUGAAGAAGCAGUUCACCGUCAUCCAGGGCCCACCAGGCACGGGGAAGACGGUGGUGGGCUUCCACAUAGUAUUCUGGUUUCACAAGUUGAACGAGGAGCAGGGGCUGGCCUGCGGCACCCCCAGCAGGGAGAAGACGCUGGGGAGACCCUGCAUCUUGUACUGUGGCCCCUCCAACAAGUCGGUGGAUGUCCCGGCAGGACUGCUCCUGAGCAAGAGAGCAGAGCUGAAGCCCCUUCGCGUGUACAGCGAGCAGGCUGAGGCCACCGAGUUCCCGGUGCCGGGCGUGGGCAGCAGGAGCCUGUUCAAGAAGAGCUCUGGGGAGGGGAGGCCCAACCAGAGCCUCAGGAGCAUCAGCCUGCACCACCGGAUCCGGCAGGCCUCCAACCCCUACGCCACAGAAAUGAAGGCUUUUGACGCCCGGCUGCAGAAAGGAGAGGUCUUCUCCAAGGAGGACCUCAACUCGUAUAAGAAGAUCCUGGGGAAGGCCCGGAAGUUCGAGCUAGACCAGCACAGCGUCAUCUUGUGCACGUGCUCGUGUGCGGCCUCGGCCACCCUCAAGAACCUGGACGUCCGGCAGAUCCUUGUGGACGAGGCGGGCAUGGCCACGGAGCCCGAGACCCUCAUCCCCUUGGUGAACUUCUCUCAGGCUGAGAAGGUGGUUCUUCUUGGGGAUCACAAGCAGCUGCGACCUGUGAUCAAGAACGAGCAGCUGCAGAGCCUGGGGCUGGACCGGUCGCUCUUCGAGAGGUACCACAGGGACGCCUACAUGCUGGACACACAGUACCGCAUGCACGAGGGCAUCUGUACCUUCCCCUCCAUGGAGUUCUACCAGAAGAAGCUGAAGACCUGGCAGGGCCUGCGGCGGCCGCCCAGCGUCCUAGGCCACGCCGCAAAGGAGAGCUGCUGUGUCAUCUUUGGUCAUGUGCAUGGCCACGAGCAGAGCCUACUGGUGUCCACAGAUGAAGGGAAUGAGAACUCCAAGGCCAACCAGGAGGAGGUGAAAGAGGUGGUCCGCAUCGCCAAACAGCUGACCCUGGACAGGACGGUGGACCCCAAGGACAUUGCCAUCCUCACGCCCUACAACGCACAGGCCUCCGAGAUCAGCAGGAAACUGGCACAGGAGGGUGUCACCGGAGUGACAGUGUGCUCCAUCACCAAGAGCCAGGGGAGCGAGUGGCGCUAUGUGCUGCUGAGCACCGUCCGCUCGUGCUCGGAGAGUGACUUGGACCAGCGGCCGACGAAGGGCUGGCUGAAGAGGUUCCUGGGCUUCAUCGUGGACCCCAACCAGGUGAACGUGGCCAUCACGCGGGCCCAGGAGGGGCUCUGCCUCAUCGGGGACCACCUGCUCCUGCGCUGCUGCCCGCUGUGGCGCCGGCUCGUGGACUUCUGCGAGGCCCAGGGGAACCUCGUACCUGCCAGCCAGGUGCAGGUCCGGAGGAGGCCAGCUGUGUUGUUGUGAAAGCUCCUCGCCUGUCCACGGCCCUCAAGCUGCCCAACGGCCAGGAGAAGUCCCCCACGGUUCCGUGCUGGCUGCCUCGGCAAGUCCCACUCCGCGGAAUCCCAUGUGCCUUCAGUGGUCACUGCCAGCCACCGUCCGGCCACUGUCUGGUCACUGCCAGCCACCGUCCGGGGGUGGAGACCCCCAUCCCAAUGACCGUGGGUGCCAGCCAUGAAACUCAAUUUUCUUUUCUAUUUUUAAAUAAACCAAAAGUCAGUGUCUUUUAUACUGCAACAGGGUCCUCAGCCCAGACUCAGGGCAGAGGCUUUCCUGGAAGUACGGGCCUUUUCUUUGCCAUCACUGCCCUAUGUCCCUCAGGGGCCAUCCAGGCUGUCAGGGGAAAGGCAGAUGAGAACCAGGGCCACAGAGCCUUACCGGGACCCCCACUCCUGGCCAUGCAAUACUCCCACGGGCGUGCGGGGGCGCUGGGAUGGCGGCCUCUCCAGGACAGGCUGUCUUGUGCUCCCGACCUGGGCCCCGCAUCCCCCAGGCCUGCAGGGCCGGGGCCCCUCACCUGCCCCUCAGGGUACAUCUGCCCUGCUUCCAUAUCUGCCCAGCCCACCCUGAGGUAUCUCUGACCCGGGGUUUUAGUGCAAUUCACUGUCCCCACAGGCUGGGGGAUGCUGCAAACAAAUUGUUUACACCAGGGUCGGGGGGAGGCUUGCCCCAACCUGUGGCCUGGCUGCAGGCCUGUGGGAGGGAUGUUCUGUGCUUUCAAAAAAUUUCUACAUUCCAAUUUUGUAUCUGUUGCAGUCUUCUAUGAUUCAACAUUAAUUUUAUUAUAAAGACUGCUUUCAAUG